GAUGAAAGGUAAAAAGAAAAAAUGGUACUUGUAGGAGCCAAAGUGGGAUGUAAAGGCAGUCUCAUCUGAUCAGGACUUCUUCUUACAUGCAUUUCUCCUUCCUCUUUUAACUCCGAAUCCUCUUCUUCUUCUUCUUCUUCUUCUUCUUCUUCUUCUUCUUCUUCUUCUUCUUCCUCCAUCUUAACUCCCACCAAUCGCCAUGGGUAAGAACACAUCCUCUUCUGAACAAGAAACCCACGACUUCAUGAACGUGGAAUCUUUCUCUCAGCUUCCCUUCAUCCGUCCAAACCCCGUUAAAGAAAAGGGUAUUCGCCUUUUCGGCAUAGAGUUUGGCGCAGACGAGGUCCCGGCCGAAGAUUCAGACCGGCCGGAGAAUAACAACGCACAUCAGGAGAACCUAAAGGAGGCUGAAAGUGGAGAUAACAGUAGGAGAUUCGAGUGCCAUUACUGCUUCAGAAACUUCCCCACUUCCCAGGCCUUGGGGGGUCACCAAAACGCCCACAAGAGAGAGCGUCAGCAUGCCAAGCGCCAGAAUCUUCAGACCGCCAUGGUGAACAGCUCUUUCUCUGACGCUCACCAUAUCUACGGCCUCAUGAACUACAGGAUAGGCUCAACUCCGUCGCCGGGUGCAGUUAGUACUUACCCACCAUGGAACACUAACAUCAAUGGCGGUGCUGCUAGGUUUUAUGGCGCUACUAGCCAUGGAUCCUUUACACAGACACCCAUCAAUGGUAGCCCUUUAGGGAUGUGGCGGAUCCCGGCUGCCGUUCAAAGUAGUACGUCUAACUCCAGCUUUAAUCGUGACCUUUCUUCCUCUCAUCAGUUGUUUGCCGGCGAUUUUGAUCAUCAUCGUCAGCUUAAACCGCCGGUACAGAUCAUUGGUGGGUCGAGCUCGCAGAGCCGGUACGUGUAUGAGCCAAAGCAAAGCGUGCAAGACCAUGUGAGUUUGGAUCUUCAUCUGUAAUAACUACAUAAAAAUUCUAUCAUUAAAAAAAGAGAAUGUUUUGAGAGAUUAAUUUAAUUUCUUUCUUUCUAAGCUGCAAAAUGCUUUAAUUUGUUCUGCAAAUGAGGCGAUUUUUAUGAAAGCACACCCGGCCGACAUCACCCCUUUGUUACCUA